UUAUUCGCGGAAGUGUAAAAAAGCGCGGCUUCUCGAGACUUCCAUACAUCGUCCGCUUCCGAACAUCUUUCCCUUUUUAGCCACCACAACACCAUCAAAGCCUCCGGCAAGCAUUCUUCUUCUUGUUCUUCAUCAAUCUCUCCGGGUUGCUCGACCAGGGGUUUUUGUUGUAUUUGUAUUCUGUUUGGCUGUUUCAGCUUCACUCACACACUUCAAUAAUGUCCCGCGGAAACCAGAGGGAUCGAGACCGCGAAAGGGCUCAGGCCAGGUCUGGCGGCAACAAAUCCAAGCCCAAAAAUGACGGAUUAACCCCUGAACAACGCCGCGAAAGGGACGCGAAAGCGCUGCAGGAGAAGGCGAAGAAGAAAGCAGCGGCGCAGCAGGCCGGAGGGAUCAACGCCGGCGGCAAAAAAUUAGAUGGGAUGGAGAUAAUGUGAAGAUUAGGGACUAGAUUAGGGAUUAAUGUGAUUGUGUGCUUUGUAAUUGUAUGGUUGGGUGGGAAUUAGAAGGGGGGUUUGUUUUUGGUUUGGGAUUUGGAGUCUGUCUCUGUUUGAGUAUUUGAAAAUCGAGAUGAACAAUCAAAUUUCAAGUGUUUGUUUUGGUUCUGGAAACUGCCAUUAAUGUGUACUUGUUAGAUUCUGAAAAGCUUUCAGCUUUAUAAGCCCUUGUAAUCGUAAUCUAGCAUUAAAUUUGUUUGCUUUAGUACUUAUCAUUCA